AACGUAGCACACAAAUGUUGGCUGUAAAGUAUACGAAUCAUUUUUGAACAACAACACUCAAAAAAAGAAAAAAAAUUACUACAUUUAUUCGUUUCUCUGGCUUCAAACCAUAGCUUCCUCCUCUCUUCUCCCUCCGAAAUCUCCAACUACCAUUUCUUGUUUUUCUAUUUUUAUUACUAUAACAUAAAGAAAGGCGAAGGAGAAGCAGAAUCUGGUUCGCUUCGCCAUUCGCCUUUGUAGUCUACUUUGUUCGCAUUCAGUAGCAGCUUGCUGGUGUCCUUUCGAAAAAAGAAAUGAAUUUUUCUAGCUUAAAUUUUCUAUUUCUAAAAUGGAUCAUGAUAUUUUUGGUUAGUUUUGGUUUAAUUUGUGAAGCGGAUCCUCGGAUUUCAGAAGCUGGACUUGUCUGUGGUACGAACAGAACAUCACCAUCUGUGAUAAUUCCUCAGUUCGUGAAAUUAAUGGAAGUUGUUUCACAGCGAGUACCGGAACAAGGUUGGGGAAGUCACGGCGUAAAUUCAACAAAUAUAUCAAUUUUCGCUUUAGCAAAUUGUUAUGAAGAUCUUCCUCGUACAGAUUGUCUUUUAUGUUACGCAGCAAGUCGUACGAGGCUACCACGUUGUCUUCCUGGUAAAUCUGGUCGAAUUUAUCUCGACGGUUGUUUUCUUCGUUAUGAUAUUUAUGAUUUUUUCAAUGAAACAACUGAUUCGAAAGAAGAUAAAGUGAAUUGUAGUAGCUCAAUUGGAUUGGCUAGUGGACAGGAAUUGACCACGUUAACGGUUACUGCUGGUAAUUUGAUUACUAAUUUGACGGGGACGGCGGUGGCGAACGGUGGUUAUGCGGUGGCGCAUUUGAACGGAGUUUAUGGAUUGGCACAGUGUUGGAAAACUGUGAGUAAAAAAGGUUGUAGGGAGUGUUUGGAUAAAGCAAGUAGAGAAAUUAAAGGAUGUUUUCCUAGUAGAGAUGCUAGAGCUUUAAUUGCUGGUUGUUAUUUGAGGUAUUCUACUCAAGAUUUUCUCAAUGAACCAUCUCAGGGUAAUAGUAGUGGUACGUAUUUUUCCUCAUUUCACAAUAGAAAUUAUAGUUUUCUGUGUAAUUAAUACUAGAUUUUUGGAAAAAUUACUAGCAUAUCAAGGUGAAUUUGGUUCAAGAGCACUUUUUCACUUUCAUGAUUUAGUAAAAAAAGACAGCCCGGUGGGAGGGCCAGACCACUUUCAUGUUUUAGUCGGAAUCCAAAAUGAUUUUAAGGAUUUUAACACUGAAACGUUAUACUUUUAAAAUUACAAGUUGAGAAUUUAAUACUUUUUGAAAUUUUAGUAGAGCAUAUAUAUAUUGGCAGGUAAACCCAAUAAAUAUGGCUGCAUCCACCUUUGGUCAAAUUUUCUUAUUACUUAGAUUUUCUUUUGACGGCAUAAUUAAUUAGUAUAAUGUAACGUUGAAAUGCCAUAUUUUUCUAAAGUUUCAUGACCUUCAAUUCAAACUUUUCCUAUUAUAAAAUUAGGAAUUUG